GUAUUAUAUGAAUUUAAAUUGGAUAAGACUUUAUUAUCUCAAGCUAAAUUAGCUGAUAAGCGUUAUUGUGCUUAUUAGGUAUAACUUGUAUAACACAUACAGUUGUAAUUGAAAUAAUGGGGUUCGUAUUGAGUAUUUUAUUUUGGGUCGCUGUAGCCGUUUUAGCAUUUAAGUUAUGGGUAAAAUUAACCACAGGAUGGUGCAGGAGCAAUGUGUGUUUGAUUGGAAAAACUGCGAUUAUUACAGGAGCCAAUACCGGGAUUGGUUACGAAGCAGCUGAAGACUUUGCAAAACGCGGAGCUAGGGUGAUAUUGGCCUGCAGAGACCCAACAAGAGGCCAAAAUGCUGUGGAAAAAAUCAUUAAAGCCACAGAUAAUAAGAAUGUGGUUUUUAAACAACUUGAUUUGUCUAGUUUCAAGUCUGUGACUGAGUUUGCUGGAGAUGUUAACAAAACCGAAGAAAGAUUGGAUAUUUUGCUUAACAACGCUGGAAUGGGAGGAAAAGGAUUUUUGAGAGCAGACAACGGUUUCUUGCUGUUAAUGCAAACUAAUUAUUUUGGUCACUUUUUACUUACCAACUUAUUAUUAGAUCUCCUCAAAAAAACUCAAAACUCCCGCAUAAUAAACGUUUCCUCAUUGGCAGCGAAGUGGGCCAAAGACUUUGAUAUCAACCAAUUAAACAAAUUCGGAAAAGACGAUCGUAAUCAUUUUCAAGUUUAUGCUAGAAGUAAACUGUGCAACUUAUUAUUUACCAUUGAAUUAGCUAAUAGACUAAAGGGCACUAGUGUAACAACUUAUUCCCUUCAUCCUGGUGUAGUUUUAACUGAUAUAUUCAGGAAAAUGCCCCCGUUUAUGAAAAUGAUGACCGAGACAAUUAUCAGUUGGUUCAUGAAGAAUUCACUUGAAGGUGCCCAAACAAGUAUUUAUUGUAGCGUCCAAAAAGGCAUUGAAAAUUACACUGGAGAACAUUUUGAAGACUGUCAUUUUAUAAGCAGAUACAAAACCGCACAGGAUCCAGAUUUGCCCAAGCAAUUGUGGAAAGUGACUGAGGAAUUGAUCAGCAAAGUCAAAUAGAAUUAAUUUUUGUUUUGUUUCAAAUAAACAAUUCGUUUUUAAUGUUAACUGACUUCUCCAAAUAGAACAUUCUUGGGUUUUCUUCAGGGCGUAGAUACUUAUUAUUGGAGCUUGAUCUAUGAUCUAGUUUCUUCAGUGAAUUUUCUCUUUGCAAAUACGAACCUACCUUGUGCUGCGCAUCAUUGGAUAGCUCGUUGCUUCCCUUUUACAGUCUUAUAGCAAAAUCUUAAAUCGUACGAUUAGUUUUUCAUAUAUUGGUAUUUAAAUAUAAGCAUAUUUUUAAAACUACCUAGUAAUUUUGACUAGCUAUCUCUAGACAAAAGAAUUCUAUUAUAAAAGUGUCAAAUACACAUCGGAGAAACCAAAUGAGUUUAUUACCUAACCCCUACCUCUCCUGUCUUGCGGAGGCUUGCC